GCCAUUUACUAUAAAUGAUCAGAAGCAUCCUGGAGGAGGUGCUUUGCUCACACCUUAUAUAUAAAAGACAUGUGAGGAACAUAAAUCAAGUGAGCUUCAGUCUGCUCUCAUUCGUCUGCAGCACUGCAGAAUCACGGGUCAGAACCGAUCGGGGAAGACUUCAUCUGGAUUAAUCAUCUAAAAUACAUCAGCAAUGGGUGUUUGGACAAGAAUUGUGUUGAGUUUACAGUUUAUUGUAUUGCUUUCGGUCACAGUGAAAGCACAGGGAAUUGUGUAUGAUCUCCUGGUAUCACCGGAUUGCCUACCUGAUCUUCUGCAGGGAGGAAUAAAAGCAAAAAACAUGGACAACGCUUUCAUCCUGGCAACCCUUCAGAUGCAGAACAAAGCUCCAACGCGACUCUUUCGUAUUUUCAACUCUCUCGAUAACACCGACUAUUUUGAUUUCACAGUACAGGGGAAACUUAACAAAGUCAUUUUAAAAUAUUUGAAGAGCAAUGGAAAACAAGGGACAAACAACUUUUCCAAAGUGCAUCUGGCAGACGGUCGCAAGCAUUACAUAAUGCUUCACUUUAGCGGACUACAGCAGGGAAACCCGACUACUACGCUUUACGUGGACUGCAGUCUAGUGGAGAGAGUCAAUGAUGUACCUGUAGCCUUCAAAUCUUUGCCUCCAGGAUCCAAACGUGUGACGCUGAAGACCCUUCAAACCUCAUCCCAGGAUAAACUGUUGGACCUAAAACUUGUGCUGGAUGAGUCUAUUGAUAAUGUUGUGGAGCUUCAGGACUGCAAUCCAGAAGGUUCACAGGCUGAGCAGAACAUUUACAAAGCCAACAAAGAACUACAGCGAGAAACACUGCAGCUGCUGGGAUCGACCUCGAAAUUGGAAGCUGGUCCGAUGUUUGAGCUCAUGCGGAUGAUCCAGGAGCUGAAAGAGAAAGUUGACAAGCAGACCAAGGAGAUGGCUGACCUGAAGAAGACUAUCUUGGUGUGUGUUCCAUGUAACGGCCUGGAUGGAACAGGAAAACCACACGAUAAUAGUUCAAGGUGUGGACCGGGGGUCUGUUUUGAACCGAGCAUGUGUACAGAAACAGUGGAUGGAGUGGAGUGUGCACCCUGUCCUGAAGGUUACACCGGAGAUGGGAUUCAGUGUGAUGAUGUUGAUGAGUGUCAGUUUAACCCGUGCUUCUCUGGUGUGCGCUGUAUCAACACUGUGCCGGGGUUCAGAUGUGAGAAGUGUCCGCUGGGUUUCAUCGGUCCAGAGAUCCAGGGUGUUGGCAUUCAGUAUGUUCAGUCCAACAAACAAAUGUGUAAUGACAUGGAUGAGUGCCAGGUGGAUAACGGUGGUUGCACACCCAACUCAUACUGCCAUAACACUGUGGGUGCCUUCCACUGUGGAAAUUGCAUGUCUGGAUAUACGGGAGAUCAGACGAGCGGCUGCACGAAGAUCGGACCCAGUCAUGUUCAUGCUGGUCCUGAUAGGCUAUGUGGAAACGGCCAGCCGAAUCCUUGUGACAUCAAUGCAGAAUGUGUUGUGGAGAGAGACGGCAGCAUUUCUUGUGUGUGCGGCAUUGGCUAUGCUGGAAACGGUUACGUCUGUGGCAAGGACACAGAUAUUGAUGCCUAUCCAGACAACAAACUUCAGUGCAGAGAUGCAAAUUGCGGAAAGGAUAACUGCGUAUUUGUUCCCAAUUCGGGCCAAGAAGAUGCAGACAGAGAUGGGAAAGGAGACGCUUGUGAUGACGAUGCAGACAGUGAUGGGAUCAUCAAUAAUCAGGACAACUGCUGGCUGACACCCAACAUAGACCAGAAAAACAAUGACAAAGACCUGCACGGUGAUGCUUGUGAUAACUGCAAAUACGUAGAGAAUCCAGACCAGCUCGACACAGAUAAGGACGGACUGGGAGACGCCUGUGAUGAUGACAUAGAUGGAGAUGGUCUGAAAAACAUUCUGGAUAACUGUCAGAAAGUUCCAAACCCUGACCAGAAGGACACUGAUAAUGAUGGUGUUGGUGAUGCAUGCGACAGCUGUCCUGAGGUUGCAAACCCCAACCAGUCUGAUGUUGACGAUGAUCUUGUGGGUGACACGUGCGACACAAACAUCGACAGCGAUGGAGACGGAACUCAGAACAGCAAAGACAAUUGUCCCAACAUCAUCAACAGCUCUCAGCUGGACACAGAUAAGGACGGACUCGGGGACGAGUGCGAUGAUGACGACGACAAUGACGGCAUUGUAGAUGAUCAAGAUAACUGCAGACUGGUGGUUAACCAAGACCAGAAGGAUACAAACAAUGAUGGUGUGGGUGAUGCCUGCACUGGAGACUUCGACAAAGAUCAUGUUAUCGACACGAUCGACACGUGCCCUGAGAAUGCAGAGGUUACUCUUACAGACUUCAGAGCCUAUCAGACUGUGGUUCUGGAUCCAGAGGGCGAAGCUCAGAUUGACCCCAACUGGGUCGUUCUGAAUCAGGGUAUGGAGAUUGUCCAGACCAUGAACAGUGACCCAGGAUUAGCUGUAGGAUACACGGCAUUCAGUGGUGUGGAUUUUGAGGGCACCUUCCAUGUGAACACGUUGACUGAUGACGACUAUGCAGGCUUCAUCUUCGGUUAUCAGGAUUCUUCCAGUUUCUAUGUGGUGAUGUGGAAGCAGACAGAGCAGACGUACUGGCAGGCUGUGCCAUUCAGAGCUGUGGCCGAGCCUGGCAUUCAGCUGAAGGCUGUAAAAUCUAAAACGGGUCCUGGGGAGUUUCUGAGGAAUUCUCUUUGGCACACCGGAGAUACGACCAACCAGGUGCGCUUGCUAUGGAAAGAUCCCCGUAACGUGGGCUGGAAGGACAAGGUGUCCUACCGCUGGAACCUGAAACACAGGCCUCAAGAGGGAUAUAUGAGAGUGAAGUUCUAUGAAGGUACAGAUUUGGUGGCGGACUCUGGAGUUGUUAUCGACACCAGCAUGAGAGGAGGACGUCUGGGGGUUUUCUGUUUUUCACAGGAGAACAUCAUCUGGUCCAACCUGAGAUAUCGUUGUAACGACACAAUCCCUGAAGACUACACUGAGUACAGAGCCAAGCAGUUAACAAAUUAGAGCAAGAGGAAACAAAAGCAAAACGCAUUCAUUACAAACGUAAGAACAACACAUAACAGCAGAAAACCAUGAAGUCUGGAUCAUAUACUGACUCUGAAAAUAUAGUUGUGCUGUAUUUACUCCUGCAGUAGGGCUUAACAAACAGAAAUGAGCUUUAAUGUUAUGUUUCUGCAUAAAUUUAUAUAAGCAGAGUAAAUGUGUGUUUAGCCAGACAGUCUAAAGACCUGGACACGAAAAGAACAAAAUGUGGUGACGAGAAGACUGUUCGUAUUAUUUUA